GGAGAGGAGAGGAGAAAUAAGGAAGCGUGCUACGCCUCCUUGUCUCGCGACUACUCUUACGCGGUCUGGUGCUUUAACUGCUCUCGUCUUUCCCUUCCGUUCGCGCCUGGCUCGGAUGCAAGGAUGGCUCGAGCCUGCCCGGUUCUGGCUCGGCCUUUGGUGUUCCUGCUGGUCCUCGUUUCUACUGCUAAAGCAGGGGCAGCCGGUCUCGGCGGAGAGCGGAAACCCAAUGUGGUGCUGAUUCUGACAGACGACCAGGAUGUCUACCUGGGGGGAAUGACACCUUUGAAAAAGACCAAUGCUCUUAUUGCAGAAAUGGGCCUAACUUUCUCAAAUGCAUAUGUACCCAGUGCACUGUGCUGUCCUAGUAGAGCCAGCAUCUUGACAGGAAAAUAUCCACAUAAUCAUCAUGUUGUAAAUAAUACUUUGGAAGGAAAUUGCAGCAGCAAAUCCUGGCAGAAGAUUCAGGAGCCAUAUACCUUUCCAGCUCUACUCAGGUCUGAGUGUGGCUAUCAAACAUUUUUUGCUGGAAAAUAUUUGAAUGAGUAUGGAGCAGAGGAUGCAGGAGGACUUGCCCAUGUUCCUCCUGGAUGGAGUUUUUGGUAUGCUUUGGAAAAAAACUCCAAAUAUUAUAACUACAGACUUUCAGUAAAUGGAAAAGCACGUAGGCAUGGUAUGAACUACAGCAUGGAUUAUCUGACAGAUGUACUGGCUAAUGUGUCAUUGGAUUUUCUGGAAUACAAAUCCAGCUUUGAGCCAUUUUUCAUGAUGAUAGCAACACCAGCACCACAUUCACCUUGGAUAGCCGCUCCGCAGUAUAAGAAGAGUUUUGAGAAUGUCAGUGCUCCAAGAAAUAAUAACUUCAAUAUCCAUGGAAAGGACAAACAUUGGCUUAUCAGACAAGCAAAGACUCCAAUGACUAAUUCAUCAAUACAAUUUCUAGAUGAUGCUUUUAGAAAAAGAUGGCAGACACUUCUGUCAGUGGAUGAUCUAAUAGAAAAACUUGUGAAGAAACUGCAGUUUCAGAGAGAGCUGGAUAAUACAUAUAUUUUUUACACAUCAGACAAUGGAUUUCAUACGGGCCAGUUUUCUUUGCCUAUUGACAAACGGCAGCUGUAUGAAUUUGAUAUUAAAGUUCCAUUGCUUGUUCGAGGCCCAGGAAUAAAACCCAACAAGACAAGCAAGAUGCUUGUGGCGAACAUUGAUUUAGGUCCUACUAUAUUAGAUAUUGCAGGCUAUGAUCUGAAUAAAACCCAGAUGGAUGGAAUGUCAUUAUUACCAUUGUUGAAAGGAGAAAUAAACAAGACCUGGAGAUCAGAUGUUUUGGUUGAAUACCAAGGAGAAGGACAUAACAGCAGUGAUCCUACUUGUCCUGGUCUUGGACCUGGUGUUACUCACUGUUUUCCAGACUGUGUUUGUGAAGAUGCAUAUAACAAUACUUAUGCAUGUGUAAGGACGCUAUCGGAUAAAUGGAAUCUGCAGUACUGUGAAUUUGAUGACCGUGAGGUGUUUGUUGAAGUUUACAACCUGACUGCAGACCCACACCAGAUUACUAAUAUUGCAAAAACAAUAGAUCAAGAAAUUUUAGAAAAAAUGAAUUAUCGGCUAAUGAUGCUACAGUCCUGUGCUGGAGCAACGUGUCGCACACCAGGAGUUUUUGAUCCAGGGUAUAAAUUCAACCCACAUCUGAUGUUUGGCAACCAAGAACUUCAGACUCGCAGACUUGCACCUUCCCUGUAGCUAAACUUGCCAUCUUGUUUGUUGACAACUUAAUUUCUUUGAAACAACUGCAGAAAACUAUUUAAUCCUUUCUGGCGUCUUUGAGAUAUUAGAUCAGCUGAUCUUGCUGAUUAAACAAUCUCUGGCCAUGUGUUAGAGGCAUGAUCUACCCUGUCUACUCAAAUCUGAUUGCCACACAAAUGUUUCAUUUGAAGUUAAAUAUUAAUUUGGGAUGUAAAUCUGAAUUUCCUUGUUUGGUCUUGUAAUAUAACAGAGGCUAGGACUGGUGUCCUAUGUACAACCACUACCUAACAGCUUUUGAAAAGAUACAGUGUGCAUCUCAGUACUGCUUCCAUUCUGAGUCUGAUGAAUUAAAUUAAACAGGU